ACACAGAUCGCUUAAACAAAACAGGAAGAAAACAUGAAGCGCAGCGACGCGAGCGAAGGAAAGAAGCAGGAUCGAUUCGCGUGCUCGGAGGAUUAGAUGCUAAUCAUGUGGAUCGUGUAGAGGAAUUGCAAAUUGACGUGCGUUGGCAGACGGAUUUUUGAAUGCGAUGGAAGGCGGAGGAAGGGGGUCGUUUCAAGAGCGAGCUUUCGGACUCGUAGUGGAUUUCGUUAUCGAAAAUUGUUCCGGAGUUCGCAUGAUUUAAGGAUUAGAAGGAGGAGAUGGAGACGAGGGACGCGGACGGGCAGCCCGCCCGAGAGCUGUAUGCCUUGUUGCAUCUCUCUCCAGAUGCGUCUGAUGAGGAUAUAAAAAAAGCUUACCGGCAAUGGGCGCAGAUUUAUCAUCCGGACAAGCACCAAACCAUUCAGAUGCAAGAUAUUGCAACUGAAAACUUUCAAAGGAUACGCGAAGCGUAUGAAAUUCUCAGUGAUGAGCGUAAGCGACAAAUCUAUGACUUGUAUGGGAUGGAAGGCUUGACGUCGGGUUUGGAGCUGGGACCAAAGUUGAAAACCAGGGAUGAAGUGCGACAAGAGUUCGAGAGACUGCAACAGCGGCAGGAGGAGCGCAAGCUAGCCUCACACAUUCAUCACCGUGGUUCCAUGCUUGUGAACAUGUCUGCCGUGCAAAUGCUCAAGACCUACGAUACUGGCCCUACAAUGCACGGAAUGGCCAUGGCAACUCAAGUCCAAGCUCAGGUUUCGAAGAAGAAUACUGUGGUCCUGGGAGGAAAUAUGGCCUUGAGGAGAGGUAUGGGUGGGGGUACUGUCACCUGUGUCCUUCGUCGUCAAACAUCGCCGGUAUCUUCCAUUGAGGUUCUCGGAAUGGUUGGCAUCCGUUCGAUUCUGAGUCUGCAAACGUCGAGGCAGUUGUCAUCACAUGCAACAGGAACUCUUGGUGUAUCGUUGUCUUUACGUGAUGGAACGAUAACCCUUUCAGAAACGUGGUCACGCCAGUUGUCUGAGGAUACGACAGGAAAUAUUCAGUUCUCUCUGGGACCAGAUACUGGAAUAGCAGUCGGCUGGCAGAAGCAUGCCAAGAAAAACUCUGGAUCAUGUGAUUUGAAGGUAGGACCUACUCUUUUUGGUGUUACCUUGCAGUACGUCCGAACGUUUUCCUCCAAGUCACACGGCCGCAUAACCGGAAAGGUUGGGAGUAUGGGAGUUGAGGUGGAGCUUGGAGGAGAAAGGAGAGUGUCAGAUCACAGUUCAGCGGCACUAUUUUGUUCACUAAGCCUCCAGGGAAUAUCCUGGAAGUUGCGGUUUACAAGAGGCGGUCAGAAAUUUGUUAUUCCAAUUCUUCUGUGCACAACAUUGAACCCAACAUUUGCUUUGGGUUCAAUAUUUUUACCCGCAUCUAUUUAUGCAGCCCUGAAGGUGUACAUUCUCAAGCCUUACUACCUCAGGCGCAAAAGGCGCAAGAGUCUGGAGCAGAGGCGGCUGACUGUGACCAAGGUUUUAGAAGCACGCGCAGCUUCGGAAAAAGCUCAGUUGCUGCUCAGUAAUGUAGCGGAGAGGAAGCGAAGGAAGCAAGUUCAAAAGGAUGGUCUGGUUAUUGUAGAGGCAUUGUACGGUGACAUCAGGAGACGAGACGGUUCAGAUUCAUACCUCGGAGAAGAUCUUGAGGAUGAUUCGGACCUGCCGCCACCUAAUAUUGAUGUAACUAUUCCGCUGCAGUUUUUGGUGGACGACAGUGGUGAGCUUCGACUUCAUGAAGGUGUUAAGAAGGCUGGCUUGAUGGGCUUCUGCGAUCCUUGUCCCGGGGAAUCCAAACAGUUGAAGGUGGCAUACUCUUACCGUGGCCAUCAGUAUCAAGUGGUGGUCGGAGACUAUGAUGAAUUACGAAUACCGCAGGAAUCACACAGAGUGCCCCGUACCAGUGGAGGUUCAGAAAACUUGAAUCAAGUGGAUUGAUCCUUUAUUUAUUUCCUUUUAUCUCCUACUGUGUACAGCGGUAUUGCUUCCUAAUCAGUGCAUUCUCGUGUCUCCAUUGGUCUUUGUGGACACAUCCUUCCUCUGUCUUGUCUAUGAUUUCUUCCGACCUUGAACGGGUUCAUGUUACACAAUUGGAGGUAGUUAGGUCUAUUACAGUACUGAGCUGGAACAGGGAUACACCUGUCAAAUGCCAUCGACGGUUGUUUGCAACGUCUACACUGGGUGCUGUGGUUCUAGUCAGAGGAGAUAUUGAUAUCUCGCUGUCUAUUCUCUUCCACACUUUUUAUGCAGUAUAUGUUUCAGCUUAGCAGGAAGGCUCAUUGAUGCUACUCGGGCUUUCUACAUCAGGGGUCUUCUCGUGACUUCACAAUUGCAAACAUGGAGCAGAGUGACUUGUUGGAGUCGCUAGAUUUAUGGGAUCCAUUCUUAGAGUUCCAACCACCUUACGGCAAUCACUUGUCCAUUCUUAUGCGAAGCAUCCUUGGGACGUGAGAAUCAGAUUGAAGGACGGGAUAUCCGGGUUGACAGUCUUAUUCUUUUCUGAAGGAAAUGGACAAGUACAAAUAUUUUUGAGGUAGUAUUAGUAGAUUGUGACAUACAUCCACCGCAGGCAUUGGCAGAGAACAAGUAUGCCCAAUGGCAUUCUAGAAAGCGCCAGUCAUUUUUAUUGCCAGUGGUUAGCAUGUUUCCCAUACCUUAACUUCUCUCCAACGACAGGCUGGACUAUCAAAACACCUGUUAGUGUGCCUUAGCUUCGGGAGGUCGGAAGAAACUGCUUGUUAUGGUAUGAGGCAACAGCUUUUUGUCAGUUUGUGACCCUCGAGCGUUGUAAAUGAACACAAUUUUGGUCAAUAUCUAAGAUCUGUUUGUGCGUGUCGGG